GGAAGGCCUCUGUUGUCAACUUCUCCAGCUUUUUUCCCUCCAAAAAAAGUUCUGUCUACCUCCCAUUCUUUUUCAUCUCCUCUCACCAGAGAAAAUCAUCCCCAAAUAAACCAUCACAAUGGCCUCCUCUCGUGUCUUUGCCUCUCGCCUGGCCUCCCAGAUGGCCGCAACCACCAAGGUUGCCCGCCCGGCCGCCCGUUUCGCUGCCCCCAAGCGUACCUUCACCACCCAGCGCAAGACCGCUAUCCCCAUGACCCCCUUCCAGACCGUCAAGCGCCAGCAGCCUUCCAUGAUCCAGGCCAACGCUCGCCAGGUCUUCGCCAACGUCCAGGCCCGCCGCCAGUACUCCUCUGAGAUCGCCGACGCCAUGGUCCAGGUCUCCCAGAACAUGGGUAUGGGUUCCGCCGCCAUUGGUCUUGGUGGUGCCGGUAUCGGUAUCGGUCUCGUCUUCGGUGCCCUCCUCCUCGGUGUCUCCCGCAACCCUGCCCUCCGUGGUCAGCUCUUCUCCUACGCCAUUCUGGGUUUCGCUUUCGUCGAAGCCAUUGGUCUGUUCGACCUGAUGGUUGCUAUGAUGUGCAAGUACGUUUAAACGGAUUAUUGAACAACAACCAAUUAUCCGAAAGGGCAAUAUGAGGCAAAUGCAAUUUCCUUGAUUUCUCAAACUGGUCAAAUUGAAUGGAGAGUCUUUUUAUCGGAUUUCGCCGUUCAGUUAGGAGGUAAUCUUGUGGUGGUCUUUUUAUAUAUCAUGUACUACUUUCCCGGCAUCAUCUAUCAUCCCAAUACACUGUACAUAUAGAGUUUAAAAUGGCCACUAAAACUCCCAACUUUCGAGCCACUUUUGAUAAACUCGUCAACUUAUCUUUUAAUUUCGACCUUGUACAUUAAUAUCGCGCGCGUUUUCUCUUUUCUGGCCACGAAGACACGUGUAAUCUCUUGUUUACCCCGGACUCUUUUCGUCGGGGCGUGUGUCAACGAAAGCGGCAAUUGGGGACCUAAUUUGGGUCCCUUCCCACAAGCAGCCCUCGGUCCCGUGGCUUUUUUCUUCCUACGAACAAGCUAUUUUUGAGCUAAGAAGCUACAAAUCUGGAGAAAGCUUUACUGGUGAGCUCUCCAGCCGUAGAGGUCAUUGAGCAACACUACACCGCUCGCAGAUGCUAUUUCCCGGUG